AUGAGUACCCGUAUGGCUGCGCUGGCUGCCUACAGAAACGGUCUGCGAGCUACAAGAGUCGCAUUCAGUCAAGACACAAGAGUUCUGUUAGCUGCAAGAACUCAAAUGAGAGAUGGUAUGGUGCAUCCACCAAACCCAGAACUAUCCCCGGAACAGCAGAUAAGUCAUCUUAACGACGUUGCAGAGUUCUUGCGACGUAAUAUCGUGCAGGGAAAGAAAACCGAAGGCGACAAAUAUGCUUUGAACAUUCAUAAAGACACCGAACUGGGCGACAACGAAACGGUAAAACAAGCAAAAGCAACCCUAGCAGCCAAAGGUGGAGGCUGUUGCGGUGGUGGUGAGAAACUUUACGACUAG